AUGGCUCGUACGAAGCAAACUGCACGUAAAUCAACUGGUGGUAAAGCACCUAGAAAACAAUUGGCGACAAAGGCUGCACGUAAGAGUGCACCUGCAACGGGUGGAGUAAAGAAGCCUCAUCGUUAUCGUCCUGGAACUGUUGCUCUUCGUGAAAUUCGAAGAUACCAAAAGAGUACUGAACUUUUGAUCCGUAAAUUACCUUUCCAACGACUUGUUCGCGAAAUUGCACAAGAUUUCAAAACUGAUCUACGUUUCCAAAGCUCAGCAGUUAUGGCACUUCAAGAAGCUAGUGAAGCCUACUUGGUUGGUCUAUUUGAAGAUACGAAUCUUUGUGCUAUUCAUGCUAAAAGAGUUACUAUUAUGCCAAAGGAUAUACAAUUGGCACGUAGAAUUCGUGGGGAAAGAGCUUAA